AUGGCAACUGGUUUGGAUGGCACAACAAAGCGGAACGUAGAUUCAUCAAUGGCCGAAAUACUGGAGGCGAUUAAAGUUACUGGUACUUUUCAACGUUUAGUCGUCGAAUAUUACAGCAAUGGCACUAUCAAACGUAUAGAGAAAGAGUUGAAUCAUUUUGCUAUCAUCACAGUUGGGCUAACUACCAUUGCGUUCGGCGUUACCGUUCAUUUUCUCGGUCCAAGCAACGUGACUGAAUAUGCCAAAGCAGCGCUAGCAGCGGCUCAAGCAGUAGAGGCCGUCUCCAGUGUCGCACGUGGCAAACCUGUGCCAAACGGUUUAAUGCAUCCAAUGGGCAUAUAG